AUGACGAUGGAGGUUGCGGGAUGGCGUGACCUCGACUGGGGCCAGGAAGCUGUAUCGCUAUCGUCCCUGCCGACUCUGGCUGGAGGAUCCAGAACGAUCUCGGAAUGUGUGAGGAUGGUGCCCCGACCAACGCGGCUGUACGAAGCGGGACCAGCGCUUUUGUUCCUGUACGGGAGGAGGAACCGGUCCUUCAAAGGAGUGCUGGUGUGCCUGAACUCCAGCACGGACGGGGGCGCAUCUCCACACUUGAAUGUUUUGGAGCUGACGCCUCUGGCGAUUGGGGUGGGUGAAGCGACCAUGGGCUUUUUCGAGGGGUCACACGAAGCCUGGGACCAGUUUCUGGUGGAGGGCGGCGGUUCACUCGUCGGCAGGUGUCCUAGUCUUGGGUGCCGUGGCUUGGCAGGCACGGAUCUCACGUUGAUAUCAAGGCCGUGCUCCGGGAUUCGGCACUCGGUCCUAGAGGGACGCGGUGACGUGCAGAUGCCGGUAUCGUUCUUACCAAGGUUUACGACUAUUGGAACCUUACAAACGGCGCCAGCCUGGGUGCUAGGUACAUCGCCGGAGGAUGGAGUCCCCGACACGGUGGAACCGUGGGAGGGCGAGGAUAGUGCUCUAACAACCGACGAACCAGCGGCUAAUGCUCGAUGGGUCCGACGAAGGAACUCAAUGACCACCCAGGAAAACGGCGUGACUGACGUGUACAAGGGAGAUGUAUCGUAUGUACCCUUGGCGUGGCUCCGUUGCUCGCCUAUCGCAAGUGACUGGAUUGCAGGAUCAAUACUGUGCGGACUGCAGUCUAAGUUCGGCAGACUGAUCGUAGUCGUCUACACCUCGAUGGCCACCGCCUGGGUGUGGUUCGAAGGCGACAGACGCGAGUCAUCGGUUGUGAUGGCAGCAUCCACGUUCUUGUUGGGUUCACUGUUUCUGUGGAAUUACCAAGCGGUGGCUAGAGCCAUUUCUCCCUUCGGCAACACCCGCGACCAGUUGAUUACUCUGAUAUUGGCGUCGCUGUCCUUCUUCUACUCCAUCCUCGCCGGACUGUACCAUCCUAGGGGAAUGCUUGGCGGGGAGGUGUGGUGGCCCACUAUUGCGAUUGUGCUUCUAGUUUGUCUUCUGUCCGCCACGGCCCGGGAAUGCCACCGGCGCGAUAGGAGGGUCGACGCCAAGUCGUGGGUCUCUCUAUGCCGUCGGGCGGCAGUGGAUUUCCAGGAGGUUGGGAUGCCUCUUCGCGAGGUGCUGAGGGGCUCAGGUGCUGACUCCAGGGGCUACUACGGUACCAUAGGUGGUACGCAACGUACUGUGAGGCUACAAACAAACACCCCGAGGGGUCAGCCGGUGACCUUGGAGAACUCGGGGUGGUCGCAGGGGGAGUUGUCCCUGACAGGAGAGGAGGCCUUUGCACGGUGUGGUGGCACCGACCCAACCUUGGACGCGUGGCUCGCCGCUUUUGUGGGGGAAGUGUUUGAGAACGCGUUCACUCUCUUCAACCAGGGCCCUGCAGUCGUCGGCAGGAUAAACGCAUGCUUGGCGGCGUUGGCUGCUACCACGUCCAAACCGCCCAGUUGGGCGGAGGGUAUUGUGACGUUGUCGCAAGUCUACGCCCACGAUGACAGGGAGCUCAUUUCUGCAGCGAUGGAGAGGGGAUGGACGAGUGACGAAUUCCUUCUUCGCCGGGUGGUGGUAUCGGCUAAACCUGAGCGCACAAUCUUGUCGCUUCCGGAUGGAUUUGCCCUAGAGGAAAACAUCUUUCCGGUGCUGGUCAGACCGAAGGAGUUGAUAAAGAUCGCUCUCCGGGGAUCAGACUACGGUCUGCUCACGGAACAGCCGAACAGGCAAGCGGGGCUAGCGAUUGAGUCCCGUAGCACCUUGUACGACAGACUCUGCCUGCGGGGCAUGGUUGGAAUUCAGGACAGCUACGGAUCGAACCAUGUCGGGCCACUGGUGGUAGCCGCCCUCCUGGCCUGCUCGGUGGGUCCAGCAUGGCAAGGGUACGCAGUUCAGGUUCUGCCGCUUAUUGGGGUCUGCGGCGUUUGGCGUGGUUGGCGCUACAAAGUAUUCGAGGCACUGUCUCGCGUGGUCGAGACGGCAAGAGGGCUUCUGUCAGACCAGGCUUGUGUGCUGGCAGGUUUGGUGGCUGGUGUGAUUUCUUGGAACGUGAUCGUCGUCGCGAGCGGUCAAAGCCUCGUUGGUUUCUUGGUUGGGGGCAUUGUAGCGGCCAAGGUGACUCUGGUGGUCGGGGUGGCAAUGCUGAGGAUGGUUUACACGAAGCAGUGGUCGCCCGGGGUAGAGCUAGGGGGAGGGGACGAUCAGAUGGAGGGGCUCUGUCACCUCGCUCUGGAGGGACGACCUGUGCCAUUUCAGUAUAGGAUGUUGGUUGUUCCAACAGCCACCUGUGCGGAUCUCCCCGCAUUGGCCCGAGUACAUGUGGAAGCAGGAUAUUCCUUCAGCACUAGUGGUCAGGGACACGUGCUGGCUGUGGGGGGCCCAGCGCGUGGACGUACGUGAGGGCCAGUAGUGGGGGGCGGGAGGUCUGAUCGAUACUACUGGCAACAACGUAAGAAUAGACUAAUUUAUUUAUCAAAUGCCGUGGAUGUAGCAAGUUUGUUCCUUCUUCUCUCGAAGGGGUGGUGGUUCGCGGUGAAUCACUUCGCGUAGCGUAAAUCGGAAUUGUGCAUGUAUUGUUUUUCCCGCUGAAGUGGACAUUUUCUUGGGGUAUCUCCGGAGUUGCGUUUCCCGGGGUAUGAGUUUCAACGAGGAAUGUUAGGAGGAGGAUGGGGCUCUUCUUGCCGCAAACGAGGCCACGCCUCCCUCUAAAGUACGUCGUCACUGUCCGCGAUCGCUUCCUUCGUGAAGCGGUGGACAACGGGGAAUUCAGUAAGUAAGGUGGAGUACGAGCAGUCAGGGGAGAAUCAUAUGCAGAUAUUCGACCAAGUCAUUGCGGGGUUUUGUUGUACUACUAGUCUACUCUACUCAUCAUCCAUUAGCCAAUCGAACACGGCUUUUUCUAGGUGCUCAUGCACAAAAAAAUAUUUUGCCGAGUUUUAGGCAUUUAAUCGGUAGGUAGAUGUGGCUGUCUGAUAGGCCUGCUGUUGUGUGGAGGUUUUGACCGCCAAAAUCGCCUGUUCUUGUGUCCUUUGUCUGUGUAGACUGCAUUGGCUGGAAAAGGUUUGGCUCGGUAGUUCCUUGGUUAAGACAAUUUCGGCUAGAACAUGUGGGGUGGUGUUUUGUAAACAUUCAUGCAGGAUCCGAUGUCGGCAUUUACGCCGCAAGUGGGGAGGGUGCUAAGAUAGGAAGUCCGUGGGGGCGUUUUAAACCUGAAAGAGUGUGGCUAAGAGUUAUUUUUUGUUUACAUGGAGAAAGUAUUUGCUACCGUCCGUGCGGAUUUGCUGUAUAGGUCUAAGUGAGUGGGACGUUUGAUUGCCUGAAACCCCUUGAAAAUAUCGAGGCAGGGCGGUGGAGUUGUUGCCGUUGUGACUUGUACACAUUGUUUCCGAUGGAACUCAGCUGAUGAUGUGAUCCCAUUUGUAGUCGAGAGUGUCCCGACCGUCACGACUGGGGGAAGGCGCAUGACAGCAAAAGUUGCGGAACACGUUCGAAGAUCAUGAGUUUCAUGUUGUAUUUGGUGUCUGAACCGUGAAGAUUUGGAAAACCUCGUUCGUUGGGUGACGAUUUUGAGUAUUUUUAUUUUCUUCUCAUGUAUGAUUGUGUUGAUGUUGAACUAUUAAUAACACAUAAUGAGUCU